GUCAUGUUUUCGACAAAUAUACUCAUUCUUGGAUUGGUUAUAUCUACCACUCAUCAUAGGCAUUGUCAAGAAGAUUCUGAAGUUUGUAAUUUUAAGAGGACAACCACAUGUAGCACCGAUAAAAAGUUUCAGGUUGACUGCACGGGAAAAAAUUUAUCUCAUAUUCCCAAGUUUCCGAAUUCUACAAAAACACUCAUUCUAGCGAGAAACAAAAUAAAAUGUAUAGCGGAAGGAAUAUUCGCUGCCCACAAUGCUCUUGAAGACUUGGAUUUAUCACAUAACAUUCUUGUUACACUGAUGCCAAAUUCGUUUAAAGGACUGAAGAACUUGUUGCGUCUGAACCUGCAAGGCAAUACACUUGGGAAAAAUAACACAGAAUUGCCGAAAAAUUGUUUUAAAUAUCUAACGAAACUACGACAGCUAAACGUUAAGGAUAAUCCAAUUACUGUAUUUCCAGAUCUAUCUUUGGUACUUAGUCUUGAAACUUUGAAUGCAACUUUUACCAACAGAAUGACUUUCGGUCAGCAGUUACAAGGACUUGGAUUUCUUAACCAUCUAGAUUUAUCUUCUUCAUCAUGCAAGCCGAAACAACUUGAUAAUAACACAUUUAAAGGAAUGGCAGCUUUACGUUAUUUAGAUGUGUCAAACAACAGCUUGUACAGCAUAUGGAAAGGUACAUUCGCACAUAUGCAACAUCUUCAGUUUUUGGACAUAUCUUAUAACACUCGGUUGGGCUUUCGAGGACUAAGAAAUGUCACCAAUGAUUUAUCAAAAACUUCAAUUGAAAUCUUCAAAUUUCAAAAAUUGGUUCCGACAUUUUCAAUGAAUCAGAUGCUGAUGAGAGAACACUUAGAACCUCUAAGGAAAACCAAAUUACGGGAGAUGUAUUUUGAUAGCAAUCGUAUUCAGCUUCUGCAAGCAGGAACAAUAAGUCUUUUACCGAAAACAAUAGAUACAAUUUCUAUUAGUGACAAUCCACUCUCGUAUGGAGAAUAUGUUUUAGAGUUUCGACAGUUAUCAGCAAAAAUUUUAAAUGUUUCAUUUCUGAGCACGUCACACCUACCAGUCAAUGAAGGAUUUUGUGUUUCGGAUUUGCAUGACAAGGAUUACGAACAAACUCUGUAUGAGUAUAAUUAUGUUGUGGGGGCACAGCAGGUAUCAACGAUGUCUCGGCAAUUCAUGGCAUUCAAUGCCGGUUUUAAGCUGGAUGUUUUGAACAUAAUUAAUCUACCUUUGCAUCUUCGUGUAUUGUAUUUCACGGCUAGUAAAUCAGAAUUUGAGAUUCCAAGGCUCCGUUUCAGUGAUAAUGUACUAGAAAAGGUUGAUUUCUCCUCCAACAUAUUCUACUCAUUGAAAGGUCCUAUAGUCAAUAUGCCUCAUUUACAUGAGCUUGAUUUGUCAAACAAUUUCUGUUCAAACAUUUCUAAUGUAUUUUUCAACGGAACUCCAAAUAUUCAAAAACUUCUGCUUCAGAAUAAUUUGUUAGGCUUCAUUCUACCAAACGACGAAAAAGGAGAAAUAUUUAGGCCUCUGGAGAAAUUAGAAAUCAUUGAUUUGUCAGACAACAGAAUUCCAAGAUUGCCUUAUUUAAUUUUUGAGUCGCAUCAAUCAAUAAAAGAAAUAAAUUUGAAAAGGAAUGUGUUGGAACAAAUGCAACUUAAAAUUGAUCAUAUGAGAAAACUUACUUUUUUGGAUCUGUCAAAUAAUGUGAUACGAUUUCUUGAUGUUGAUGAAACAGCCAAUCUCGAGACAGUUGCAAAAUACAAUACAAAUCUUACAGUAGACUUAAGCGGCAAUCCAAUUCAAUGUGUAUGUAGCAACAUUAACUUUAUAAGGUGGAUGGCAGCAACAGAGAUUCGUUUUAAAGGGUUAACAUCUUAUUCCUGUCAGCUGUCAAAUCUUACCAAAAUUUCUCUGGCACAUCCGAAAGACCUUGAACAAAUACUCGAAAAAGAAUGUUCUUCGUAUCUUGGUUUGAUAUUAGGUAUUUGUUCGGCGUUGGUUCUUUCCGUUGUAACAGUUACCACUGGCAUUGUAUAUAGAUAUCGAUGGAAGCUUAGAUAUCUUUACUUCAUGGCAAAAUUAAAAUAUAAAAAAACUCCGAGCAUAUUAAAAAAUGAUGUUUCCUACGAUUUUGAUGCAUUUGUUUCCUAUGCUGACGAAGACCAGAAUUUUGUGCACGACAAAUUUAUCAACCAUGUUGAAAAAGAUGGAGAACUGCGGAUUUGUGUUCAUAAACGCGAUUUUCUUGUUGGAAAUGAAAUCGCUGCUAACAUUACCGAUGCCAUACACAGAAGUCGUAAGACUGUUUGCAUAAUCAGUCGCCCUUUCUUAAACUCGUACUGGUGCAUGUUUGAAUUCAACAUGGCACGGAUGGAGAGUAUUUACUCACGAGAUGGAGAAAACAUUGUAUAUUUAAUCUUUCUUGAUCAAAUUCCAACCAAUAUCUUACCUCUGAUUUUAUUGGAACUCGUACAAUCACAAUCGUACAUAGAGUUUCCGAAUGACGAAUAUGGCGAUACAAUUUUCUGGGAGAAUUUGAAACAAGUUUUGAAAGAUUGAAAAUAUUUUAAAAAAAAUAUUUGCGCUAUGUUCAUAUGUCCUGAAUUGUGGCGAUUUUACUAACUUUCGAAAAGUUUCUUACUCUUAACAUAAUCAUACAUUUUUGUUUAAUGAAGCAUUGUUUGCAAUCUAUAAUAAAAUAAACAUAAUCGCUUUUAUAGAAGGAAGUUUUUGCUUGUAUAGAUAAACUUGGAUUGAGUGACUGUACAUUGUAACGAAUAUAUGUCGCCAUUAUUUUUUAUUGUGAAGUCAAAUAAGGAAAUUAAAUAGUAAAUGAAAAAUCGACAACCAACUUUGUCCCGCAUAAUGUUUAAAAAAAUCAAG